UUACUGGACUUGAACAAGGCGUGAAAUUAAAAGAUUUGUCUGGAACAAUACAAAAUGAUAUUCUCAAGGAGUUCAUGGUUCGCAAUACUUUCAUCUAUCCACCCGAACCAUCCAUGAGAAUUAUUGGGGAUAUUUUUUCUUAUAUUUCAAAGAACAUGCCGAAAUACAAUUCUAUUUCGAUUUCUGGUUAUCAUAUGCAAGAGGCUGGUGCUGAUAAUGUUUUGGAAUUAGCUUUUACUGUUGCAGAUGGUUUAGAGUAUAUCAGAACAGGAAUCAAAGCUGGUAUGACAAUAGAUGACUUUGCACCCCGCUUGUCAUUCUUUUGGGGAAUCGGUAUGAACUUCUACAUGGAAAUAGCAAAAUUGCGGGCGGCCCGUCGAUUGUGGGCUCAUUUUAUUAACGAAAAAUUUCAUCCGAAAAAUCAAAAGUCAUUAAUGUUACGUACUCACUGUCAAACUUCUGGUUGGUCGCUCACAGAGCAAGAUCCUUAUAACAACAUUAUAAGAACAACAAUUGAAGCCAUGGCUGCUACUCUUGGAGGUACCCAAUCGUUACACACAAACUCUUUUGAUGAAGCAGUAGGCCUGCCAACUGAAUUUUCAGCUCGCAUCGCGCGAAACACGCAAAUCAUUCUCCAAGAGGAAGCAUUUAUUCCUAAGGUAGCUGAUCCAUGGGGAGGCAGUUACAUGAUGGAAAGUUUGACAAAUGAGAUUUACAGCGAGGCAAGGGCGAUUGUAGAGGAGAUCGAGAAUAUGGGAGGUAUGGCUGCGGCUGUCGCGAGUGGUAUGCCAAAAUUAAGAAUCGAAGAAAGUGCUGCACGAAGGCAGGCUAGAAUUGACUCCGGUCAAGAGACUAUUGUUGGUGUAAACAAAUAUCGACUUGAAAAGGAGACCAUAAUUGAUGUCCGAACUAUUGAUAAUACCAAAGUACGAGAACAACAGACAGAAAAUAUAAAUCGGAUUAAAAGCUCAAGAGAUAAUGAUAAGGUUGAAAGUGCGUUAAAUGCUCUUACGGAAUGUGCGAGCACCGGAAAGGGUAAUUUGCUCGAAUUAUCAAUUGAGGCAUUUGGCGAGAUAUCAUAUGCGCUCGAAAAGGUGUGGGGACGUCAUGAACCGUCAAGUCGCGUUGCCAGUGGAGCUUACAGAUCAGCCUAUGGAACUGCGGAAGAAACAGACGCUGCAUUAAAAGUUAUUGAAGAAACACGAGAUAAAUUGGGUGUAAAUCCUAGGAUCCUGGUUGCCAAAUGUGGACAAGAUGGUCAUGAUCGAGGUGCUAAAGUAAUUGCAUCAGCGUUUAGUGAUUUCGGAUUUGAUGUGGACUUGUCGCCGUUGUUCAGCACACCAGAAGAAGUAGUACGUCAAGCUAUCGAUAAUGAUGCACACGUUAUUGGUGUGUCAUCACAAGCUGCCGGACACAAAACAUUGGUGCCAGCAAUCAUAAAUGAACUCAAACGACUCGGUGUCAAUGAUAAGAUUAUUGUAGUUGGUGGGGUUAUACCUCACCAAGACUAUCAAUUCCUAUAUGAUAAUGGUGUAAGUUCCAUAUUUGGUCCAGGUACAAAAAUUCCUGAAGCUGCAAAAGAGGUCGCGUCGAAAAUAAAGGAAAAUGCUACUAAAGAUGAUGAAAAAAAUUAG